UGGGAGGCUAGAGCGCUGCCGGGAGAGAGGCCCGUGAGGCCGCGCGUGAUGCUGGCAUAGUCAGGGACUCACAGUCUGGUCUAGCCUCGUUUCUUCCCUCACGUUUCUCGUGAAUGUGCUUGUCCUUGUGCUACGUGAUCAGGCUAUUCAUCUUUGAAGAGGACUUGAGACCAAUUUCAGAUAAUCAAGAAGAUGCCUUCUGCCUCCUGUGAUGCCCUGCUGGAUGACAUAGAAGACAUCAUGUCACAGGAAGAUUCAAAGCCACAAGACAGGCAUUUCUCAAGAAAGCAUGUAUUUCCUAAAGUACGAAGACGGAAUACCCAAAAAGAUUUGCAAGAGGAGCCCAGACCACCAAGCGACAGCACUAUUCCAGGCAUACAGAAAAUUUGGAUACGAACAUGGGGCUGCUCACAUAAUAAUUCAGAUGGAGAAUACAUGGCUGGACAGCUGGCUGCCUAUGGUUAUAAAAUUACAGAAAAUGCAUCAGAUGCAGAUUUGUGGCUCCUGAACAGUUGUACUGUGAAAAACCCAGCUGAAGACCACUUCAGAAACUCAAUCAAAAAAGCUCAAGAGGAGAAUAAGAAAAUUGUCCUAGCUGGCUGUGUUCCUCAAGCCCAGCCUCGUCAGGACUACCUCAAAGGAUUGAGCAUCAUCGGGGUUCAGCAGAUUGACCGUGUGGUAGAAGUUGUGGAGGAAACAAUUAAAGGUCACUCAGUGAGGCUCCUGGGCCAGAAGAAAGACAAUGGGAAGCGGUUGGGGGGAGCGAGACUGGAUUUGCCAAAGAUCAGGAAGAAUCCACUGAUAGAAAUCAUUUCAAUCAACACAGGGUGUCUCAAUGCUUGUACCUACUGCAAAACUAAGCACGCCAGAGGAAACCUGGCCAGCUAUCCCAUUGAUGAACUUGUAGAGAGAGCCAAGCAAUCCUUUCAAGAGGGUGUUUGUGAGAUAUGGCUGACCAGCGAAGACACUGGGGCCUAUGGCAGAGACAUUGGCACAGAUCUCCCCACACUCCUGUGGAAGUUGGUGGAAGUGAUUCCUGAGGGAGCCAUGCUGAGGCUGGGCAUGACAAAUCCACCAUAUAUUUUAGAGCAUCUGGAGGAAAUGGCGAAAAUCCUCAACCACCCCAGAGUCUACGCUUUUCUCCACAUCCCAGUGCAGUCUGCCUCUGACAGCGUGCUCAUGGACAUGAAGAGAGAAUACUGUGUGGCCGACUUCAAAAGAGUUGUAGAUUUUCUCAAGGAGAAGGUUCCUGGAAUAACGAUUGCUACGGAUAUUAUCUGUGGUUUUCCUGGAGAAACCGAUCAGGAUUUUCAAGAAACACUGAAACUUGUUGAAGAGUAUAAAUUUCCAAGCCUCUUCAUCAACCAGUUCUACCCAAGACCAGGAACUCCCGCUGCAAAAGCUGAACAAGUCCCAGCACACGUGAAAAAGCAAAGGACAAAAGAUCUCUCUCAGGUGUUUCAUUCCUACAAUCCAUAUGAUCACAAGAUUGGUGAAAGACAACAAGUACUAGUAACAGAAGAAUCCUUUGACUCCAAGUUUUAUGUUGCACACAAUCGAUUCUACGAGCAGGUUUUGGUGCCAAAGAAGCCUGAAUUCAUGGGGAAAAUGGUUGAAGUAGACAUUUAUGAAUCAGGAAAACACUUUUUGAAAGGACAGCCAGUAUCGGACACCAAAAUCUACACGCCAUCCAUCAGCAAGCCGCUGGCCAAGGGCGAAGUCUCGGGUUUGACAAGGGAAUUCAGAAAUAGGUUUGGGAAUCAUCUGAAUUCAACUUCAGACACCUGUGCUGCAACUCGGCAUGACUCGGCAUAUUCCAGAAUUGUGCUGCAGAUGUCCCAACGUGACUGUGCAUUGAAGGUCGCUGCAGGCCUGGCUCUCCUUGCUCUUCUUUUGCAUUUCUGGCCAGAGUCUAUGCUUACAACAUGCCUAAAUGAAGCAUCCAUAAGGAGUAAGUUUCUAAUGAAAACCUUCGGGAAAGCAGCCACACCAGUUCUCAAAGGCAGUCAUCUGAACUGGUCAUGCCGCCUUGUCUGGAUCCCUUCUUACUGAGGCUCACCCUGUCUCACAUUGAGCUGAGCCAUUUGACCUCAAAUCACAGCUUCUGGAACAUCAUGUCUUUCUCAUCACACACCUUUUGACUUUUUAACAACAAAUGCAAGUGGUUGCAUUUUUUUUUCUUUUAAUCUCCAGUCAUUAAGUCCCAACCUAAGUGCACAGUAUCCCUGGCCAUCAGUGACCCUGGCCCCCAGUGGCCCUGGCCAUCAGUGGCUCUGGCCACCCUUUCCUGGUGUGGAAGCACAUCUAGUCCUUAAUAAACAUUCUUGAGGCUGUGUUUGGAGUCCCCGUGGUACAGACAUCUUCUUCACAGCACAUGUGUUCCUAAAAAGUUUAUAUAGAAACCUAUUUUGGGAACCUGGACCCAAGUCUGCCACUUACAGGACUCUUCCUAGCUUUUCAGAAAAUGUGAGGAAUCCAUGCCUGCAGUGCCCACAAACUUUCAAACAAACCACGCUCCUUUCCUGUGCGUCUGACCGGACAUCAUCAGUCUUUCCUACUGAAAUGACUUCUUUGACAAUAAAAGGAAUUGGUGCAAUAAGCAAA